UACCUACCUAGUGAGAGCGUACUUUCCAAUUUGAAUUGAGUUAUAAUAAGUAUUACCCAAUCAGAGUUAUCGUGGGCUUUGGUUUAGAUAAAAAAGCUGAAGCGAGAGAAAAGAUGGCAACAGCAACGGGGACAAAACUGCAAGAACCUUCCUCCAAGUAAAUUUAUCUCGCAAUCAGUUCAAACUUGUUUUUUCAUAAUUCAACCAUCAUACACCAAACUUUUUCAUCCUUCUUCACCAAACCACAAUAACUACAUUCAACAUUCCUGCUGCUACAACAUGUCUCUUCCAAAUUCGUUGAAAGAGAAUGCCAAUAGCAAGAAACAUAAGCUCCCCGGUUUUAGAUGUUCUGUCAAGAGUCAGUCACGACCUAUGGGACAUUACUUCCCUCAUCCUCUCUGGCAAGGGUUUAAGAGUAUCAGGCUCACCUAUCGUGAGAUUCGCAUGAUGGAUUUCAUAAACCGGAUUACGGACCAAUGCGGUUGGGAAGAAAAGGUCUUUGACAAUUCGAUUGUUGAUGAUUGGCAGAAAAAGACCGAUUCUAUCCAAUCGGGGGUGUUGAAUGGAGAUGUAUUUCUCUCUAAGAAUAUGUUCGACUAUUGUAUCGAGGAACUCCGUGUCAAGGCAAAGCAAGCAAAAGUCACUGGGAUUGUCGACGUAAUGGAUGCUGACAUGGCAGUCGCCAAAUCUGAUAUUAUCAUUCCCUCCUCUUUGGCUGAGGCUUUGAAAGCCAGCGUCAAGUCCUUGGAGGACGUACCUGAAGUCAAGAAAAACUGGCAGCCCAAGUCUGAUCAGACUGUCCUCAACCUUGUAGACCCAUCUCUGUUCCCAGUAGUAUACGGUACUACACGAGUUCUACCUUACGGACAUAUCCCCCUACAUAAUUGUACUUCAUCCGCUGGCGAAGGGGAGACUACUAUGCCAUUCACACGACGUCUUGGUACUACGCCUCCAUCCAGGUGGGCAAGCCACCAGUGGCUGCCCACCGAUAUCAACUGGAGCGAAGCUGGGUUGAAGAUCGCGAGCUAUAUCAAUGAUUUGCACCCAGAAGACCACGACGACAUGUACAAGUUGCUGGAGGAAUUCGUCGCCGCUGCAGUCACGUUGUGGGAAGAAUGUAUAUCUUUCGUUCCCCUCCGACACCCUCGCAUUGGCGUUGAUGAGCGAAGCAAACCCAACGUCAAAUUCUACUUGCCUGAAGGCGUCCACUUCGCAAUCCCGGACAGCUACGUGGAGUACACGAUGACCGAUGGACGCCGCUGCUAUCGAAAGGGCUAUGAAAACUGUCGGGAGUACCAGGAGUGGUUCCAUCAGCACAAAAUUGGUUGGCCUGAGCCACGGAUCGGGAUCGGUUGUGAGCGUAUUAUUCCCGAGGCUCACGGAACACCCAGAGCUACGAAGGUGAAUCUCCGGACAAGUUUUCCCCUUGGUAUACAGGUGGUUUUUAAAUUUACCAACAUACACCUAUCCCCUGAGAAGCCACACUUUAAGGGUGAGAGUUGGUCCGUGGAAGGUGCUCUGAACGAUCGGAUUGUGGCCACUGCGAUCUACGAUUAUGAUGUCGAAAACGUCACCGAUAGCCGAGUAGACUUCAGACAGUACAUCCGCGAUGAGACGCCAGAGAAUGGAUUACAUUACAGCGAACAGGAAUCGCGAUGGUUUCUCGAGACAGACUCGCCCUUCCAGGAGAUCGGACACGUGAACAUAAGGCCCGGACGUAUGCUUGCCUACCCCAACGUGUUCCAACACCAAGUACGGCCUUUUCAGCUACGGGAUCCGACUAAGCCGGGGCAUAGGAAGAUUCUUACUAUGUUCCUCAUCGACCCUAAUAUCCGCAUAAUAUCAACUGGAGUGGUCCCGCCUCAGCGGAGAGACUGGUGGGCGCGCCAGAUAGCGUUGAUAUCUCCAUUCUCUAAGCUUCCGACUGAGGUAUUUGACAUGAUUAUGAACUUUGUGGAGGGGUUUCCAAUGAGCUUAGAGGAGGCUAAAGCAGUGCGGGAAACCGUUUUAGAAGAGCGAGUCAACAUAAAUCGAGAAUGGGAGCGCAAAAAGAUUGAUGAGUGGGACAACCCAUUCGAGGACUAUUGAAGUUUGAAGGUCACAUUCACGGAUGUUGCUAGCAUCCCAGAGGAGCUAUUUGCUAAUUGCUAUCUCGGGGCAGGAUUAGGUGGGAACUAAAAUGAAUGAAGGGAUAAACCAAGGAAUAUUUUUGCUGAAGGUUGAGGCUAGAAAUAAGGCUUAGAUUCUCCCAAGAUUAACCACGUAAGGUCGUUGUGGAUUGAUUGAUAUAAUAAAGAAUGCCCAGACGCGAAAUAGCUGGUCUGACUGUGAUUACGUGUCAGAUGUGUGUCUACACCGAGAAAUCCGUUCCGUCAGGACCGACUCCGAGCUCCGAGCCGACCUCGGACUCGGGUUAAGAUCAAUUAUACCAAAAUGGGGAUG